GUGAAGCCGUGACCCGGAGCGUUAAGCGUGCUACACAGGAAGUAAACUGAAGUCAGGCGGACAAGCAGGUUGUAUUUCGCUAGUUUAACAAGUGUUUCGGUUGGUAAACAGUUCGUAUCACCUCGAAUUGUAGUAUAUUGUUUAUCAACAUGCUGAUAAAGGUGAAGACUCUCACUGGAAAAGAAAUAGAGAUCGACAUUGAGCCCACAGACAAGGUGGAGCGAAUUAAAGAAAGGGUAGAGGAGAAGGAAGGGAUCCCCCCGCAGCAACAAAGACUCAUCUACAGUGGAAAACAGAUGAACGAUGAGAAGACUGCAGCAGACUACAAGAUCCAGGGAGGCUCAGUGCUCCAUCUUGUGUUGGCGCUAAGAGGAGGUUCAACGGUCCACAGUCCCGGCUGCAUACACCUCUCCUCUUCAUCAUGAGUCGUGGUAUUCAUGGGGCCAGCUGAGUGCCAACGCUUUAGGUGUCUGUCACCGUCUAACCAUGUUACAGCACAGAGAUUUGAAAUCCCACGCUCCUGGGGCAACGCAAACACACACAAAGAAAUCAACCAACAACAACUUAAAAAAAAAAAGGACGUUCGUAUUCCUUUGUAGAUGUUUUUUGUAAACCCACAUUGGCUUUCUGAGUUUGACCAGUUGAUGCAGGCACCCAUACAAGAGACAGUUUGAAACACUGUGGUCUUUUUGCUUGUGAAUAAAUGCUGAAGUUAA